ACGGGAAAGUAAAAGAGGGAAAAAGGUUAAAGAAAGAGGGCACGGCACGCACGCUGCCAUUUUCACCGCUCGCUGGCUUGGCUUGGCCUGGCCUGGUUACCUACCGCAGUUCGAAUUCAAAUCCCCGCUGCUGCUGGUGGAAGCGGAAGGAGAAGGGGCCGGAUCGGAGGCUUCUCUCCCCAGGCACAGGCAGGCAGCUCUCGCGGCGGAGACCCACGGGCGGAGCGCGCUGGAUCAAGCCAUGGGUGGCGUUGGAGCUACCACCCCCAGCCCUCAGCCUCAGGGGAAGAUGAAGACAUCCGCCCCCUUCUGCACCCGCCACUGAGACCGACCCCCGCCAGUUCGUCGCCCCGCCGCCGAAAUGAAGUCCAGCACGGCCGCCCCGUCCAAGGGCAAGGCGGCGUUCGAGCUCAAGCACAGGCUGCUCCAGGCCCUCAACAAGAUCGCCGACAGGGACACCUACCAGAUCGGCCUCAGCGAGCUCCACGCCACCGUCGACGCCCUCGCCCCGGACAUGGUCGGCCCCUUCCUCUCCUGCGUCAUCGACACCGACGCGGACCAGAAGAGCGCGGUGCGCAAGGAGUGCGUCAAGGCCAUCGGCGCGCUGGCGCGGUCGCACGGGGCCCUGCUGGCGCCGCACAUGCCCAAGCUGGUCGCCAGCGUCGUCCGCCGCCUCAAGGACGCCGACUCCGUCGUCCGGGACGCGUGCGUCGACACCUGCGGCACCCUCUCGGCGUGCGCCAGGGAGUUCGGGGACGGCGGCGCCGCGCUGGUCGCGCUGGUGCGGCCGCUGUUCGAGUCGCUGGGCGAGCAGAACAGGUAUGUCCAGGCCGGGGCCGCGCUCUGCCUGGCCAAGGUCAUCGAUGAGAGCAGCUACUUCCCUGGCCCUGUUCUGCCGCAGAUGCUUGUCCGUGUUGUUAAGAUCCUCAAGAACCCGCAUUUCAUGGCCAAGCCCGCCGUGAUCGAGCUGCUCAGAAGCAUUGUUCAGGCUGAAGGUGCUUCUACAGAGCAGGCUUUAUCAUCAGCACUAACAAGUAUUAUGGAUUCCCUGAAGAGUAGUGACUGGACUACAAGGAAAGCAGCUUCUCUAGCUCUUUCAAGUAUUGCUGUCAGCUCUGGAUAUUUGGUUGCGUCUUUCAGAACUUCCUGCCUUCGAUCCCUUGAACGCUGUAAAUUUGACAAGGUAAAACCGGUGCGUGAUGCUAUUACCCAUGCCAUACAGUUGUGGAAAGCUAUUCCAGGGUCUGAGACUCCUGAACCAUCAGAAGCUGGAUCAUCCACAAAAGAAAACUUUUUUGGCGACCAUAAUGAUGCCAGAAGUGUACAUGAUGGUGGAUCAAGAGCGACUUCUUUUAGGAGAGUUGAGCCUACACCUUCAGCAUCUGUUGUCAGUGGCAGUUCUAUCACUUCGGUAAAGAAGAGAUCCCCAUUGUCUGUCAACAAGAUACCUCAAAACAAUGCCUCAAAUCAGCAGCAUUUGAAGUCAAGUGACUGGCAUGUGGAAAUAUCAGUCCCUAAGCAGAAUACAGUGCCAGAUCUAGUGAAAAAGGGAUAUGGCAGCAACCGCAUGUUGAAAUAUGCAAAAGGAAGUCCUUAUGGAAUUGUAGAUGAAGACAUCAAGUCUGACUAUGACCCUAUGGAUGAUAAACAAGAAUGCUCCUCUUUAUCAGAAGUAGCCAGCAGGAGCUAUGAGACGAAGCAUGUCACCUCUGCUCUGGAAGUCACUGAAGAUGUCACUGAGCUUUGCCCUAGGGCCCGAGAGACCAAGAGCAUAGACUCCACUGUUACAGAUGUCACUUCACAUGGCACACAUACUUGUUGUCUGAGUGCGACAAAAGAACUAGCCCUUAUUAGGAAGCAACUACAAGAGAUGGAAAGGAAGCAAGCAAAUCUUUUUGAUCUUUUGCAGGAGUUCAUGUCGAAUUCUGUGGAGAACAUGUCAGUGCUGAACUCAAAAGUACACAAUUUGGAGUAUGCUGUAGACAAAACUGUGUAUACAAUUACUCAGAGUGAAAGCCGCUAUCAACUUCCUGGCUCCAAGGGUUUUAAGAACCAGAGUGUCUCUUCUUCACCCAGGCUUUCUAAUUCAACACCUAGAUCAUCCGUUGAUGCCAACUUUAGGCCACCAACAAUUCCUCAUUUGAAACAAGAGAAGAAGUGGGCUCACGAUCUACCAUCUAAGGGCAUGAGCACUUGUGUAAAAGAGGGUCAUGAAUUUCUGAAGGCCCAUGCUCGUAACAGAGUUAUGAAGCCUGGGGCUGGGAGCUCAGAGGAAAGUUACAUUCCAAGUUUAGUGAGGGGUCGAGCAUCUGGGGUCAAGGGGACCUUCCCGGUUCCAUUUACGAGUCCAUGUGAUCAGUCUGAUCUGCAAAAUGCAUUGUGUGCUUCUAAUCAGGCUGGCGAGUUUCGCGGUGCUGACGGCAUGGAGCCUGCAUAUGCUGAAGCCCUUAGCUAUGGUGAUUCUGAUGAUCUGAUUGACCUGAUGGACAGAACUGGGCCUGUUCUUGACAAGCUGUCGCGUGAAACGGCAAAUGAACUUUUAAGGGUUAUUGCUGGCCAGUUCCUUGGCACAAAGUUAUUUGACUUGGCCCUACCUUGGAUUCAGCAGGUGGUGGAUCUAAGCACGGUUUACAAGCCGAGCCAAGUCUUUGUGUCCGCGAGAGCACAGAGGGAGUUCCUUGCUGCACUGGAGGAAGCAGCAACCAGCGGAUCCACAGAACCAGCCGUCAGAAUCGCCAUCGUGCAGCUUGCAUUUAAACUGACCAAGGCUUGUGAGGCCGCCCCAUGCAGGAAAAUCUCAACCAGAGUAUCCAGGGGAAGCGAAUCCGUCGUCAUGGCCACCGUGAUGUGAAGUACUUCUUCCUUGUGAUGUGACCCUAAUGUGUGUCGAGGCAUCAAACAAUGUCCUUGCAGUGGUGUUCUAGUGAGAUUGUUUUCUUUUCUUGUCGCGACGAUGUAUACUAGGUCUCGAUUACCGUAUGCAAGUCAGUAGUAGUGGUUUGCUAGCUAAUCAUAUGUGUACUAGGUCUCAGAAGAGGUGGUGGUUGUUGUAGCCUUUUUCGUUUUCUUUUCUCGAACACUCGUCGUAGUGCGUGUCAUUGUGUAUUAGAAGAAGAAUGCCGAGAUGGCGCUUGCUGUGUUA